CUUAAUCACAUAAUUAAUUUGAAAUGGAAACCCCCCAAGUUGUUGAAAUGUUCACAUGCAGCCCUUCUAGGAUUCAGCUUGAUUUGUUGUUACAUCAUCAGAUUCUCUUCAUGAACAAUCAGUACUGAUUGUGUCCAGGCUCUUCAGAGGGAUGAACUGAGGAUAUAUUGAGCCCAAAUAUAAAAAGUGACAAAGUGGUGACAAAACAGUCUUCACGCAUUAUAAAGUCAAGGAAGGCGAAUAAAUUGCUGAAAUCAAGAAACACAGAGAAGGGCCUUGCUAUUUUGCAAAGAAUCUUGCAAUCCUACGAUGGAAAAGAUGAGGUUGUGGUUAAAAGAUUUCCAAAGUCUAAGACAACCUCUCAAAUUUUUAAGUCUGGAAGAAGAUCUAGCUACAUUGGAGUUUCUAAGAACGGUGAUGUUUGGCAAGCCCUUAUCAUGAUUGAUAGCAAGAAAACCUAUAUAGGCACCUAUCAUAAAGAGAAGGAGGCAGCCAUGGCUUAUGAUUUCUACUCGAUAAUCCUUAAGCAGCUAGCUGCGAAGACGAAUUUUGACUAUACCCUUUCUAUGAUUAAGCGAAUGGUGUAUAAUUACUAUGAGAAUGGUCAGGAGUUUAUUCCUGCAGAUUGCAUGUAAUCUUACAUCUAAAUUCACAUUUAAUCACCAAAUAUUAACUCAAUCAGUAUA